CGACAGAGACCUAGCCAGCCGCAUGGCUGCUGACGGUACGGAGUCAUCCGCCCCGAAGGCGGUUUCGGAUGGGCCUGCGGUGGGACCAGCCGGGGUCCUGCCUUGCCUGGAGCUGCCGACCUACGCUGCUGCGAGUGCGUUGGUCGGUAGCCGCUACUCGUGCCUGGUGGCCGGGCCGCACCGCCGGCACGUCGCCCUGUCGCCCCGCUACCUCCAGCGGAAGCGCACGGGGAUCCGGGAGCAGCUGGACGCCGAGCUCCUGCGCUAUUCCGAGAGCCUUUUAGGUGUUCCUAUUGCGUAUGAUAACAUCAAGGUUGUAGGUGAACUGGGAGAUAUUUAUGAUGAUCAAGGACAUGUUCAUCUAGACAUUGAAGCAGACUUUGUCAUUUUCUGUCCUGGACCAGGGCAAAAACUUAUGGGUACAGUUAAUAAAGUAUCAUCUAGCCAUAUUGGCUGUUUAGUACACAGAUGUUUUAAUGCCUCCAUCCCUAAGCCUGAGCAGAUGUCCUCCGAGCAGUGGCAAACUCUGGAUAUAAAUGUGGGUGAUGAACUUGAAUUUGAAGUUUUUCGUCUAGACUCGGAUGCUGCUGGAGUAUUUUGCAUUCGAGGAAAACUAAAUGUCACUAGUUUGCAAUCCAAGUGCUCUAAAGUUUCUGAAGAAAUAGCAGAAACCACAACUGAAGAAACUGUUGAAAAACAUUCAAAAAAGAAAAAGAAAAGGAAGAAAGAUGCAGAAACAUAUGAAGCAGAUGGUGGUACCUCAGAGCUAGCAGAUUCUGCACAUUCCACUGUGAAGGCCGACACAGAAGACCUACGGAUUAGUAGUAUUGUGGAAAGCAUCCAGGAGGAAGAGCCAAAGAUGAAGAAGAAAAAGAAGAGAAAGCACCAAGAAGACCAGGAUCCUAUCUUCCAAGGCAGUGACUCUAGUGGCUACCAGAGUGACCAGAAAAAGAAAAAGAAAAGAAGGAAACACAGUGAGGAGACUGAGCCCAUGCCAGACUUAGAAGGCUCACCAGAGAAAAAGAAAAAGCACUAGCCUGUAGUGCAUCUUAAAUACGGUGCACUCUUUAAAGUAGUUACACUGGAUACAUACAUGUUUUGAAUUAUACAAAAUUCUACACAGAAGUAGUUUAAAAAUAGGGUUUUGUACUAGAAUUAUAAACCUGACUAUAAAUUAUUUUUGGUAAAAUAUAUUAUUAAAGUGCUGUUUUAAUGCAUACAGUAUAAAAUGGAAGUACCUGAUCUCUCUUAAAUUCUUUCAGAUGUUUACACUAUAUAAAAUCAUCUUUAAACCCUCAAGACAUGCAAAAGGAGAAGGGAAUGGAGUUUUCCUCAAAUGAUAGAGCACCUGCUAGCACUCAUUAGGCCUUGAGUUUAAGCCCCAGAACUGCUUUAAAAAAGUUUAAAAUGGCAUUAUGACAGUGUUAAUUCAAAUUAUUAUUCAGAUUAAGUAAAGAGUUGACUUUAUUUUUACCUUUUUCUGAUAAUAGGUUCUUCUUUGGUCAUUACAUGAUAUUUUACUUUGCUUUUUAAAAAACUCAGUGAAUUUGCUAACUUUCAGUUUUUCUUUGUUGUGACUGCUGUUUAUUUCUGUUCUUUACAAUGCAUUGCCAAAAGAUUUUCUGAAGCCUGUACAGUUCUUCAAUGCCAUUUAUCUAGUGCUAGACAUGAGCUGGCAUCAGUUUAAUGUUUGGUAAUGAGUAAGUUCUGCUAGGGGCCUAUCUUGGAUGAUCUAAGGGCUAUCGAGCCUGGAGAGUGCAGGAAGUAUGGAUAAAUAGGGAUGCACCCCAGUGCCUUGAAGUACAGUUGGAGAUGUGUCCUCAAUGUAAAAUGCAUCUACAUAUUUUGAAGACAUACAAUAAAAAUUGUAAACUAUCUCAGUUUUUAUAUUGGCAAAAUUUAUUUUUUUCAAUAGUAGGUUAAGUAAAAAUAAUUUUGGCCUGUGGUUCUGUUUCUUCACAAGGACGAAGACUACACGUGACAUUUAUAUUACCUUUCCUUGGACGGUGCUAUUUGGAACAAAGUGAAUUGAAACAAGUUGUGAUGUACUCAAAUGUUUGAAAAAGUGUUUCCUUCAAAUUGAUCCUGUUUUCAUACCCCAAAAAUGUCACGUUUACGUUAGUCACAGAAAAAUGCAUUGUGGCUUACCAAUCAGUAAAUUUCCACAUAAUUGACAAA